AUGAACGGAUUCAAUGAAGAAAAUGAAGAUCAGGAAUUUGAAAUCCCUGAGCUGCCUAGUGGAAAAUUGCUUCGACUCGUUCUGCUUUCAAACUGGGGUGAUGACACUUAUGUUGGCCUAAACGCUGUUGAAAUAUUCAAAGAUGAUGGAAAACGUCCCGAUGUGGCAAAGAUCUCGUCAAAUGCCACUCAUAGCAUCGGUGACGUUGAAUCCAUCUUUGUGGAGUCGUUCACGUGUACUGAUCAGGGGAAGAUGUGGAGAGCAGAAUUGCAAACGGAUCGACCACUUAUUGUUGAGAUCACAUUCACCGACACCAUACGAAUAGCAAUGUUACGAUUUUGGAACUACAGCGAAUCACGGGUUCAUGCUCAAAUGGGUGUGAGAAAUCUGCGCGCCGAACUCGACGAUGUCAUUAUAUUCGAAGGGGAAGUUGACUGCGCCUUUGCUGAUCAUGAGUCGGAACCCAUGGGAGAGACAGUUCUGUUCACCGUAGAUGAGAGUAUUCUUGAAGCAAUCGCUGAGAACGAUGUCUGCUUGAUUCCUGACUUUGUCCAGAGUCCUGCACUCGAUGCAACAGAGUUCGCGUUAGGUUUAACUCCUCAGCGACCGGUAACUAGAGAGACAUCGACCUCCACACAUGUGAAUGAAAGGCCGAUAAGCGCAACUCUUCCCGAUAUGGAAGAUGACGACACCUCUGGAAAAGUUAAAAUACUGCACCUAGAAUUGUGCGAGAAUUGGGGUGCUCCUGGCUCGAUUGGAUUGUGCGGAUUGGAGUUACUCGGGCAGAAACAAAAUGUGAUCGAUUCUACGACGUUAAUUAUUACUACCAGUACUCAAAGCGAUGCUCAAAGGCUUCUUAACGGUAAGAAUUUAACACGAUCACCCGAUGAUAUGUGGUUGAUUCCCUUCGAUCCCAAGCAACAUCCAACAAUCACCAUCAACUUUCAGAAGCCUACAACAUUAAGUGGCAUUUCAUUCUGGAAUUAUAACGCUUCACCGGAGAUGUCGUACGCUGGUGUUCGUUUGUUACAUAUUUUUAUCAAUGGACGAUUGGCAACAAGCAACGUACUACUAAGGAAAGCACCAGGUUUUGUCUUUUUCGACUUCGUUCAAGAUAUCAGCAUAGAGCGCCCUCCUAAUAUUCGUCCACUCAUGCGGCCGAACACACGUUCAAUUUACGGAUUUAUUUUUCAACUCCAACUGCUCAGUUCUUGGGGAGAUGAAUUCUAUAUUGGGUUGAAUGGUGUCGAACUCUACGAUACCCGUGGCGAAAAAAUAAAUGUUGGGCCUCAGAAUUUGGCUGCUUUUCCUGAGAGUGUCAACAUCCUUCCAUCGGUGGAAAACGAUCCACGAACGAGUAUGAAUCUUAUAAAUGGCUGUAAUGAUACAGAAAAAGCGGAACUGAUGUGGCUCACUCCUAUGCUACCAAAUCGCUGUGCUCGGGUAUUCUUCGUAUUUGAUGUGCCAAUCGCUGUAUCUGCUGUCGUCAUUUACAAUUACCGUAAAACACCUGCACGAGGAGUGCGCCAUAUUUCUGUCUCUGCUGAUGAUCUGAUCGUGUACUCUGGUGAUGUUCCGGCGAGCAGUGCGGAGAAGACAGGAAUCCUUGAAAUCGAUUUCAGAGAAAUGUAA